AUGAUUUUUAACGCCGAGGACAAGGUCGAAGUCGUCGCCGCGUCAAUCGUCUCCAAGCCGAUCGACAGCAAGCAGAAGAAACGUUACGAGAGAGUCAGAGACUACCUCAUCGCAGCCAUAUGGUGUCUCGGUCUACCUCACUUCUCCGAUUCCGCGACGGUGGUCGAUCACGUGUGGAAAGACCUUAGUACAAGCAUUGUUUGCGAAGCUUCUCUCACUGACCUCGGUUUUCCUGUCUUGAUUGUUGCCCCAAUCAUUGCAGCACUACAGGCAAUAUCAAAAACAAUUUUUGAGAAAUUGCCAGGGCUCAAUGAGGUCAAGGUUGCGUUCGCCGGAGCGGAGACUACAAACAAGUUCAGCGAAGGAAAUAAACAGGCAACCAAGGAAAACGUUGAGUACGCCAUGUUUCGUUUGCUUCAGAGCAUGGCAUCUCUACGUAGUGUUCGAUACGAUGUGAUUCCCGCGCACGAUUUACACAAGCAUGUUGAAGGCUUGGUCACUGCAAUGAAAGAUCGUGGCGAGAAGUUGCUCUUUAAGUACCAGCGUGAAAGCACCGACGACUGA